CUACUCAGCCCUCCACCCCCUAUCUCUCUACAGGACUGCCAGCCCGUCUAGAGUUAUUCCAGGAAUGCGUUGAACAUGGCUGCCGCGAUGAAGGAGCAGAAAACGGGACUGCUAGAACUUCGUGUGACCGUGGACCGCUGGAUCCGGGUGUUGGCCACGCUUACCGAGGACACGCUCACGGUAAAUCCUGGCGAGGUUCCCGAGGAGCCCACGAAGCCCAGUCCCGCCGGUGCUAUCAACGGAGACCCCCCGAACCUCAGCUCGUCCCCGGUCCCGGAAACCAUCACCAACGUGAAACGCACUGUGCGAGUUACCAAGCAAGAUGUUGGAGGACUCGGAAUCAGUAUCAAAGGAGGGAGGGAGAACAAGAUGCCAAUCCUCAUCUCCAAGAUUUUUAAGGGUCUGGCUGCUGACCAGACUGAGGCGCUUUAUGUUGGUGACGCCAUACUGUCUGUCAAUGGUUAUGACUUACGGGAGGCCACACAUGAUGAAGCUGUGCAAGCGCUGAAGAAAACUGGCAAAGAAGUCAUCCUUGAAGUGAAGUACAUCAAGGAGAUGUCGGCCUUCUUUAAAAGCUCGGGGUCCCCUGGGGCCGCCCUCCCAUGGGACUCUCCCCCCUCCACACCUCAGAGGGGCACUGAGCUCUCCCCUGAGGUGAAGGAGCCUCGCAGCAUCCCGCUGAAGAUGUGUCAGGUGUCACGAAAACAGUGCCCUCCGGACACAGAAAACAGGUAUUUCGAGGUAAUUUCAUCCAACAGAAAGAACUCUGUGUUCCUGCGGGCAAGAGACCCGGCCAUGGCCCAGUCCUGGUACAAUGGAAUCCAGGCUGGCGCUGCCAACCUUUUACCACGAGUGAAGGAGGAGAUGAAGAGUAUGCAGCCUGGCAUGGAGGUGAAACAUCUGGGCUGGAUUACAGAGCAGGUGGCUCAUGGUCCAGAAAGACCAGUACUGGCUGUGUUGACUGACAAAGACCUGCUCCUGUAUCCCUCCUUGCCUGAGAGCAAAGAGAGCCUCAGCAGCCCCACCAAGAGUCACCCGCUCAUCACUACCAGACUGGUCCACUCUGGCCCUGGAAAAAGUUCUCCUCUCUUAGACUCAGAGCUGUCAUUUGGCCUGCGUUCGGGCACCAAGCAAGGUGUGGAGACCCACGUGUUCAGGGUGGAUUCUGCCAAGGAGCUGUCCACCUGGACUCAUCUGCUGGUGGAGGGCUGCCACAAUGCUGCUGAGCUCAUUAAAGAGGUCACCACAGCCUGUAGUUGGAAUGGAAAGGAGUGUACCCUGGGAGUGCACAUCGAUGAUGGCUUCACGUUAUUCACAGAAGAGAUGGGUGUCAGGAAAAGUAUUCUCCUCCAGCAGCCCUUCGAGCGCCUAAGAAUGUCCUCAGAUGAUGGAGUUCGCAUGAUGUUCCUUGACUUCGGAGGCCCUGAGGCUGAGAUUCAACUGGACCUCCACUGUUGCCCUAAGACCAUAGUCUUCAUCAUCCACUCUUUCCUAUCUGCAAAAGUCAAGCGACUUGGCCUCCUGGCAUGAUAAUGGCCAACUUUCCGGAACAUCAACAAUAGGAAUAUUCAAUAAAACACACAGCCCAGAGGACUGAAACACACCAGACGAUGGGGCCCAGGAAAAGAUUCUCACUAACCACUUCUUUACAGAUUUCCUGGGCCUCUAAAUGUAUCAUCUCUGGUCAGGCGUCUCCUGGUCUAGUGGAAUGAAGAGAAAACUGCAGCAUUGAUGGACCUUUGUUGAACUUGUAGUUGUAUGGUAAGAGAGGCUUUACAGAUGGCAUAAAUCAGCAGCCACUUAAGGGAUCUGACAUCUGUUGAAUCUGUCAUGGUAGGUCAUGACACUUUGUGAUGGCAAACUGUAUGAUUAUGACAGCUUGCAUCUUAAUGUUUUUUCAACCAUUUGAUUUUAUUUUUCGUCCCAUUGUUCAGUUUUGUUUUGUUAGAUGAGUCACAGUGGGCCUUUGUCAUGAGCAUUCUUUCAUCUUUCAAUCUUUGCUUUAUGUGCCAUGAACAGUCAUAAAAAAGUUAUUACACAAAUGUCCUGAUUGAUGUUGGACAAGCAUUUCUUUCUGAAGGCAGCUUCAGCGGAGUGACAGGAUGACAUGACUGAUCACUACAUGAUCAACAGUCUGUACUGAACAAUGUACAGAAUACGACUGUAACAAUAUGCUGUUUAUGUGGAUGCUUGAGUUGCCUCUACCCUGAAUGUUCAUGAAAGAAGCUUCAUGCUUUUUGUUAAGACAAUUUGCAAAUGGCAAAUCAAAUAUAUCUUUCAUUGUAGCUGAACAACUCCUUAUUUUAUAUUCCUCUCUGUUUCUCUCCUUCCCCUGUUUUAAGCAUGCUUAUAAUCCAUGGCCUAACAAAGAGAAAGGACUAACAGAUUUGAUAUUAUAAGUCUUUUUUUUUUUUUAUUGUGUUUUAGCUUAACCAAUAAAUUAGAUAAAACCUUGUGUCUGGAUGGCCUUAGUCAGACAGUGUGACUCUGCAGUUUAAUUCGAUUUCAGCCCAUGUAAAGUAGAAAACAAGAGCUCUUGAGUUUAUGGAUUCUUAUCAACAAAGGUUGUCACAUCAUCAUUUAUUGAUUGAUGGCAAACAGUUGGCUGAAAGAGUGCCAGUCCAGCUAAGCAUCUUCUGUAUGGAUAAGCUUUCAAGUAAAAUACUGAGUUUAGCUCCUAAAUAAACCUAUUUUAUAGUGCUAUGUGUUUUUCUUUGUAACUUAGUCACCAGAGAGGAGAAACAGGCUUCAUCCUAGACCACUGCGGGUGCAUUUUACACAAUGUGUCCAACAUUUAAUUAAGUUAAUAUAAAUACCAUAUGAAAGAUGUUAAGCUGUUUACAUCAUGAAGUGUUUGAUCUUUUUUCUUUAUUAUUUGUGUCAGCUGAAUAUCCACAACUUGGGGCCUUCUCUCUCUGUCCAACACUAAACAGACUUGUAUUAAUAUAUAUUUCAAAACUAAAACAUGUUUGCUUUCAAGAAUAAAAUGUAUUGUAUAUUCUUAUUUAAACAAAGGUGUGCCUUGCAGGGUUGUUUGUAUA